CUUACAAACAUUAUACAAGUACAAUGUUCACAAAAAUCGUAGCUUUGAGCGCCGUCCUGGCAGUGUCUGCGGCGGGUCUCCUGCCCCAGGCUCACUACUCCUCAGCGGCGGCGGUAUCCUCCCAGAGUAUCGUGCGCCACGACCAGCCACAGGCCAUCCACGCUGCUCCCCUUGCCUACCAAGCCUCUCCCAUCGCCACCUACGCGGCUCCCGCCCGUAUCUCCGCUGGACAUGCCGUGUCCUCUCAGACCAUCCUGCGUCACGAGCAGCCGCGUGCCGCGUACGGCAUUGCUCCCCUAGCGUACGCUGCCGCACCUGCACACUACGCCGCGCCCCUCAUCAGCCACGCCGCUCCCGCCACUAGGCUUAUCGCCGCCCAGCAAGAUGAAUACGCUCACCCCAGAUACGACUUUGCGUACUCCGUGGCCGACGGACACACUGGUGACAACAAGUCGCAGCACGAGAGCCGCGACGGCGAUGUUGUGCACGGUGACUACUCGCUCCUCGAAGCUGACGGCUCAGUGCGCACCGUGCAGUACACGGCCGAUGCACACAACGGAUUUAACGCGGUCGUCAGCCACUCAGCUCCAGGGCGCCACGCCGUUUCAGCACCCGCACAUGUUCUCGCCCAUUAUUAGACUAGAUCUAGAAUAGACCAAGACUUUUGUUACUAUUUAUUAAAUAAAA